AUGGCUGAUAACAACUCAUUGAUUGGUGGUGGGGUCUCAUCGUUGCCAUUCACUGACCGGGUCAUUAUUGUGCAAAUUCUGGUGAUAAUCUUUCUUUUCAUCAACUUUUUGCUAAUCAUGACUUUUUUCCAAAAGGAGUGCUUCUACACAAGUACACGUUACAUCUUAUUUGCUAUUACACUUUUUUCUGAUAGCUUGAUUUUGUUUGUAACUAAUAUCCUGCUCAUCUUGACCUAUUUAGAAUUUACUCUACAAGUUUGGGUAUGUAUGAUUUUAUCUGCUUCGAUGAUUCUGUUUAAUAUAGUCACACCAGUUACUCUGACAGCAAUGACCUUGGAGCGAUAUGUGGCCAUCUGCAUGCCCCUGCGUCAUGCAGAGCUGUGCUCCACAUGCAGCACUAUGCAUUGCAUCCUCAUCAUUCACGGCCUCAGCUCUGUACCCUGCAUUGUGAUUCUCUCCACCGCCUUUGCAACAGCUUCUCUUAGCUUUUACACAGAACCCAUGUUAUGCUCUGUGGAAACAUUUAUGUUGUACAGGUGGCAAGAUUAUGUUAGAUCAGCUAUACAGGAGUUUUACUUCAUGAUUAUGGUUAUCAUCAUUAUAUUUGCCUAUGUUAAAAUAAUGAAAGUGGCCAAAGCUGCCAUUAUAUUUGCCUAUGUUAAAAUAAUGAAAGUGGCCAAAGCUGCAUCGGGAGAGGAUAAAAAGUCGUCAUGGAAAGGGCUCAGAACAGUAAUUCUUCAUGGUUUCCAGCUGCUGCUCUGUCUCAUCCAGCUGUGGACUCCAUUCAUAGAAGCUGCUGCAUUUCAGAUUGAUUUCAUGUUAUUCAUUGAUUUCAGGUACUCUAACUAUGUAUUGUUUAGUCUUACUCCAAGAUGUCUGAGUCCUCUUAUUUACGGCCUCAGAGAUGAAACAUUUUUUCAUGCAUUGAAAACCUUUGCCUUCUUUGGCUCGUAUAAAAUAAAUAUUCAAAAGACAUAA